CUGGCACGAUGGCUGAUGGAAGUAUCGUGCUGAAGUCUCUGGUGGAGGAAUUUGUCUCCGGACUGCAGGACAGCAAAGCCAAAGACACAGCCGCAGGGGUGAAAAAUGGAGACUUUACCGUUUUGCAGCUUGUGGAAGCUUUGGGGCUGAGUCUGACCAGCUCUCAGUCUCACACUCGAGCCAGAGGUGUCCAACUGCUCUCGGAGGUUUUACAGGACUGCUUUGGCGACCUCACAGAAAAAGAAGUGGAAGUGCUCAUAGCAUUCUAUGAGAACCGGUUAAAAGACCAUUACGUCAUCACGCCGUCUGUCUUACAGGGACUAAAAACACUGACAAAGUGCUCAACAUUGCCUCCUGGCUCGGCCGUUUCCAUACUGAAAUCUUUGUUUCAGGAUGUUCAUGUUCAGUCGUUGCUUCUGGCUGAUAGAGCGUGUGUCUAUAACAUGCUCACCAAUAUCAUGGAGACCAGGGAAGCUGGUAAGUGUUUUUGUGUGGUUUGUUUUGCUAAAAAUAUAAAUAAAAAUUCAGUUUGUGGGAAAUUAAUCAAAUUUUUUGUGUCCACAGAACUGAAGAGUUUAGGAGCAGAUUUUGUGUUUGGUUUUGUCCAGUCAAUGGACGGAGAGAGGGAUCCUCGCAACCUCCUCUUAGCCUUUCAGAUUGCCAAGAACAUAAUUCAAAGAGGUUACGAUCUAGGUAAAUUCACAGAAGAGAUGUUUGAGGUGACGUCCUGCUAUUUCCCAAUUGACUUCAGCCCGCCACCGAAUGAUCCACAUGGUAUCACCAGAGAGGAAUUGAUCCAGGCACUGAGGGAUGUCCUCACUGGGACUCCUAAAUUUGCUGAGUUUUUGCUACCCCUCAUUAUUGAGAAACUUGACUCCGAUGUUCUGAGUGCAAAGCUGGACUCUCUUCAAACCCUGGCUGUUUGUGUGUCACGGUAUGAACACAAGGACUUGGAAAAAUUCCUCGAUGGACUGUGGACGUCACUGCGCAGAGAGGUGUUUCAGACGUCGAGUGAGAAGAUUGAGUUGGCAGGCCUCGCUGCUCUUACCACCAUCACUUCCUGUCUGUCUCGCUCGGUUCUCAACUCAGACUCAGAAGACGCCCUCAGCACCUUCCUUGAUGUUGUUCUCAAAGACUGCAAUCAUCAUCUCUGUGAGCCUGACCUGAAACUUGUGUGGCCCAGCGCCAAGCUGCUCCAGGCCGCUUGCAGCGCCUCCAACAGGGCGAGUCACAUCAUCACUACUGCCGUCAUGCCAGCGCUCGUCAGUCAGUACAACAACAGAACCGAGUGUUCCCAUAGACGCACAUUACUGGAGGUGAUGCAGCGCUUUGUUCAGUCUGUAAAAAUCAGCGAGUCAUCAGAAAACGAGGAGCGAGUGCUAUCCGGCGUCUGUUCGUCCUUGUGCUGCGUGACCUUCUCAGCGCUGUCAGAGACUAACAGCAGUCUGCAGGUCACAGCCACGUCCGUGCUCACCUCACUAGCACGACAAAAAGGCUUGUUGUCAAACUCUCAAAUUGAGCAGGCCGUCGACCAUCUGACUCGGCUGUUGCUGUCAGACGAGGAUGACAAAGUCAGUCUUGCUGUGGUGGAUUGUGCUAGGAGCUUGGCAGAAGUUCACCCAACAGUUUUCAUCACAAAUAUGAUCCCAAAUCUAAAACAAAUUGUGUUUUCUGAGCCAAUGGAGCAGGUUGGAGAUUCUGUGCAACAUCUACAUCCUGCAGUGCGUCAACGCUGUUUGUCCAUGCUCGCGGCAGUGUCCACCAGAUGUAGUGUUGCUAAGGAGAGCACGCCUGUCCUUUUGGAUGUCCUCCGUUCAACACAUUCUGGCAAAGUCGGUUUCUCGACGGAAGAGGCGGUGUUGACGUGCCGCAGCCUCCAGAGAAUAGCUGAGCAGGUUGAAGACACAGAGGACUCCGGGCGUUGCUUCCACGACGUCAUCAUCCCACAGCUGUUGUCACUUGCACUCCAGGCAGCACUGCAGGACAAAAGAUCAUCAAGUCACCAAAGUCCUCUGGUGGACGAGGCGGUUCUGUCCAUCUUGGUUGCUGUCAUUAGUACAGCCUGCUCGAGGCUGCAACCUACACUGGCGGGCCAGACGGCGACAAGGUUUGUCUCUCUCUUCCUGGAUGGUGACGUCUCCUUUUUGCCUGACAACUCCUUCCCUUCACACAUCAAGCUGCUUGCAAAUCAGCACCAGGACGACUCAUGGAGACAGUCUCAGAUGGUUUGUCUGCUGAUGGGCUGCGUGUGUUCAUUACCUCGCACUGUGGAAGUGCCCCAGAUUGAGCGUCUACUAUCAGAACUGGAGGAGAUGAGCUGUACCUGCAGCCACGCCCUGUCUUAUACCUCUGCUGCCAAAUGCUUUGCUGGCCUGGUCAACAAGAUCCCUUCGGGCGACUCUCUUGACAGCCUGCUUCACAAGACAACAGCCAGGGUCUUCAGUGAGUUAAACUCUGAAGCAUCACGUGUGCGCACACAGGCGUUCACACUCAUGGUGUGGGUUGGCAAAGCUCUUCUUCUCCGCUACCACCCCACAUUCUCAGCACUGACUGACAAGCUCUUCUUGCUGCUUGAUGAUGCCAAUUUGGGCCAUGUGGCGGCAGACGGGUUCUUGCUGCUGAUGAGCGACUCGACGGAUGUUCUUACUCGCAGUUGCCAUGCGGAUGUGCGGAUCAUGUAUCGCCAGCGCUUCUUUAGUGAGAACUCAUCCAAAUUGGUCCAGGGUUUUAACGCAGCUCCUGAAGAAAAAAAGCCCAACUACUUGAAGGCCCUGUCUAACAUCGUCAACAAACUACCUAAACAGGUUCAAGUCACGGAACUACCUGCGCUCCUGUCCUUGCUGCUGCAGGCCUUAACAUUUCCUGACCAGGGUGUCCAGCUGUCCACACUGUCCUGUCUGGAGCCGGUCCUCGCCGACCCGCCCCCAGCGCUCAUCCAACAACUAGAAGCGUUGUUCAACAGGCUGCUGGCCCUUACGUCCAGCCCUGCUAUGAACGUGAGGAUCACAACACUGCGCUGCAUCCACGCCCUGUCCUACUUCCCUGAACAGGAAGUGCUGCCAUUUCGGGCCCGAGUGCUGCGGGCGUUAGCCAAACCUCUGGAUGACAAGAAGAGGCUGGUGAGAAUGGAGGCGGUCCGGGCGCGAGGAGAGUGGUUUCUACUUGGAAGUCCUGGAGGAAGAUGAUUUUUUUUUGCCUCCCAAAAAUCCUUCUUUCUAAGAGUAAAGAGACCGGAAGGAACCCCUUGAAGUGUUUGCAGUUCCUCGCUUCACGUCCCAACCUUAUUUUGCUUUAUUGAAAAUGUCUGGACCGCUUAUGUCUUCAUAAACGCACAAUCAAGGCUGGACAAUUUG